CUUUCACUACCGCCAUUUUGAUCAUUCUUUUCUGGUUGUAGACGCCACACGAUAUCGUACUCAAGUUUCAUGAAUCAUCUUGAUCCAAGUGGGUGAUUUUACUGUUAUUCGAAAGAAUAUAGUGGUUAUUAAAGUACCGGGAAGUUUUUAUAAACUGUACUAUAAUCAGGUUAUCAAAAUGCAAGCUAUGAACCAAUACAUCAACAAUAGAGGAUUUGGGGGACCUCCUCAACCACAAAGGCAGGGAGGUCGGCGUGGCAUGAACCGCGGAGGCGGUGGUGGCUAUCGGAAUUCAAGAUUUGACCAACACCAAGCUAAUACCUCGCCUAACCCAGGAGGUCAACGUCCUGAUAAUGAGCCUCCAAAACAAGCACCUCAACAAGAGAAGCAACCCCAGCAGACUCCUGCUCCUCCAGUGCAGAAAGAAAAAGACAUGCCACCUCCCCAGGCUAAAACUCCACAAACACCACUUCAGCAAACACAACCUCAGCAGCAGCAAAAUCCAGCACCAAAGAAUCAAGAGCCAAAAGACAUUGUUGAUAAGGCUGCCCCUAAUGAACAGAAAAAUCAAAAUAAAACUGAUCAACAACAGAACAAUCAGUCUAACUUUCAAAAGAAUGUUAAUGGUAAUUUUGGCGGACCAAUCAAGCAAGGUGGCACAUGGAGCCAAGGCAAUAACAGGCAAAGUGGCAACUUUGGAGGACCUAGGGGACAAUUUGGUCCUAAAGGAGGCCAAAAUAUGGGACAAGGAGGGCAAGGCGGACCUGGUGGUCAUGGCGGACCUGGUGGGCAUGGGGGACCUGGUGGUCAUGGCGGACCUGGUAGUCAUGGGGGACCUGGUGGUCAUGAUGGCCCACAUGGGGGUCAGGGGCAAAAUCGCAAUCAACAAAGGAAUUAUAACCGUGGUGGACCACAUGAUGGUGGGAAGCCCAUGCAGAGAGAGGAGCAAAUGUUGGCACACAAGUUGAAGGAUCUCAUGGGACCCUUGAAUGAGCUGCCUUCUAUUGAACAACCAGAAGUGAAAUUCAAUGGUAGAAGUAGAUUGUAUAUUGGUAAUUUGACUAGUGAUAUCACAGAGGAAGAGGUUCUUGGAAUGUUCAAUCAGUUUGGAGAAACGGCUGAAUUGUUUAUUAAUAAAGAAAAAAACUUUGGAUUUAUCAAAAUGGACUACAGAGUGAAUGCAGAAAAAGCAAAGCGUGAACUGGAUGGUAAAGUCCGAAAUGGGAGGUCGUUGCGUGUAAGAUUUGCACCCCACAACAGUGCAAUCAGGAUCAAGAACUUGCCCCCAUUUGUGUCAAAUGAACUUUUAUACAAGGCAUUUGAAAUAUUUGGAAAAAUUGAAAGAGCUUAUGUCAGGGUAGAUGAAAGGGGAAAAACUCUAGGAGAAGGAAUAGUAGAGUAUGCACGAAAACCCAGUGCUUUAGCUGCUAUUCGGAACUGUGGUGAAAAAUGCUUCUUCUUAACAUCAUCUUUGAGGCCAGUCAUUGUGGAGAGUCUGGAAGAACCAGAUGAAUUUGAUGGUUUUCCUGAGAAAAAUAUUAUAAAAAAGAAUCAAGAUUUUUACAAAGCACGUGAGGUUGGCCCACGGUUUGCAGAGCCAGGUAGCUUUGAGCAUGAGUAUGGCACUAGAUGGAAGCAGCUGCAUGAGCUUCACAGACAGAAAGAAGAUGCAUUAAAGAAAGAGUUGGCUGCUGAAGAGGAGAAACUUGAAGCACAGAUGGAAUAUGCAAAAUACGAACAUGAGACCGAGCUGCUCCGCGAGCAGUUGAGACAGCGCGAGCAAGAUCGCGAGCGACAGAAGCGGAGCUGGGAGAUGGCGGAGCGCGCGGCCGACGAGCGGCGCGAGUCCGAGCGCCUGCAGCUGCUGCGACACGAGGAGGAGCUGGCGCUGCGCAUGCGCAACCAGGACGACGAGCUGCGCCGGCGCCAGCAGGAGAACACGCUGUUCGUGCAGGCCCAAAGGCUGAAUUCAAUGCUUGACCGUCAAGAACAAGGCAUGUUUGAUCAUCAGCAACCAAUGGACGGAGCAGGAUUCCGAGAGCAGUUCGACAUGCCGCGCGGCGGAGGAGGCUAUGACGACAUGCCACAGAACCGCGCUUGGGAAGGCCGCCAAAUGGACGAUUAUCCAAACAAACGUCGUCGUUUCUAAACUCAUUCAAUUUUGAACGGCCAUACAACUCGCCUAACAGCGCUUUUGUGCUUCCUCAGUUAUUAGGCGGACAAUGAAAUGUUUAUUUAUAUAAGAGAAAAAUUAUUCGAUUACUAUCGUAAUCGCCACGGAGUAACGAUAAAUACCCGAUGCAUUAGGGAUGCAACGAUAAUUGUUGGGAAUUGAUCGGAUUUGAGGCGGAUCUAUCUGGUUCUAUAAUACUCUUCUCUACAGAUAAUUUAUACACGCUUCGAUGUCUUAUCUGUUAUCGUUAAAAUGUAUCUCGUAAAAAAUGUCAAUAGACAAUUAGACUAGUGUGAUCAUAUAACCAACUCGGUAAUUUUUAUAUGUAUAAUUUCGAAAUCGAUAUCGUUUCAUCCCUGAUCGGAUUCAUUAUUCAAUUCAUUUAGCAUAGUUUUUUAAUUACAGUAAAAUAGAUGAUAAUUAUUGAACUGCGCGAUGUAGGUAAUGUAAUAUUAAUUUAAUAUUUGAUAAAGUGUCAGUUGUAUGUAGACGAAUUGGUAAAUAUGAUAAUUCUCAUUGGUGGAUGAACCGGAACACAUUAACAAUUAGUUCCAGAAAUGGAAUUUUUAAUUUAUUGGAUACCAUUAAAGUGGACCAUGUCUCACGAACAGCGUACAACAAAAGCAAUAAGAUACGCUGCGAUAGCUUUUGAACAGGAUUAUUUAUUAUUGUUUUAUUGAACAAAAACUGAAAUAAGGAGAGGCCGUUUGGCUAUCUUCAUUUAUGUCACUUUAAUAUGCACAUUGCCGUGGAAAUACUGAGUUAAAUAAUAAGUACUAUUAAGUAGAGAAGAACCUCUUAUUAGAGCUUCUCUCGCAUCGCAAGACAAAAAUGUAUUUGUUGCGUUGAAAUGGAGUUAUUUAUGUGAAGUAGCUUUGAGAUAAAAAUUUAACGUCAGUUUUGAUUAUUUGGGGGAAAAUUUGUGACUGAUUUAUGUCCAUAUUUUGCUUAGCUCUUGUACUUGGCCUAGCCAGCAGAAACUAGCCAGGGAGGGUAACGCUAGUUUAAAUCUCUCGAUACUGAUACUUUUCAAAAUAUCUUCUCCAUCUAUAUUAUGUCGUGUCGUUCAGGGAAAUGGUUGUCGGCUAACUCAACCUUUUAAAUAAAUACGGCAAUAACAUAAGGUACAUUUAAUAUUAAUCAAAAUUCAUAAUUGCUGUAUAAUUUUUAUAAGAGGAAGAUCUUAAGAUUUGUAUUCUUUUGGUUUUGUCUCGUAUCCGUAUAUUUUAUUCAUUUAUAUUCUGAUCACAAAGUACUACUUUGAUAAAUUAUAACAUAAUAUUAUAUAGUAACAAGAACAUCUUAAAAUCAUCGGAUUUAUACAUAAUUUUGACGACAGUGAAAUUAUGAAUAACAAGUUUUGCGGGUAUUCGCGUUCAAUAAAAUAAAAAAAACAUGAAGUUUUUUUUAAUCUUCCGCAAGAACAAACUAAUCAUAUUGUAAUUUUAUAAAGCACCUUAUUAAUAUAAAAAUGUUCCAUUACUCUCCUACCAUGGGGAAGAAAACUUAUAUUGACUUUUUAAAAUUUAGAUUAAGGCCACAAUUAAUAUGUUUUAUGCUAAGACAAGUUGUAGAUAUUAAUUUUGAAAAGAAUCCUCGGUACAAAAGAAAUUAUUGUAUUAAUUGUAGCUUGACAUGAGAGAUAAUGAAAGAUCUUUUUUGAGUGCGGUUCUUUUCUUUUCUAGCGUAUUAAUAGCGUAAUUAUAAUAAUUUCUAAAUAAAUAAUAUUUAUAGUACUACAAA